AUGCAUAAAUCAUGUCAACUGUCAAUAAACAAAAGCAACUCAUGCUUAAAGGCAUUCUAUCCACAACCGUACCUGAACGCUGAAGGUUGGGGUGGUAUACAAGUGUGGUUACUGUUCUGUUUGAUCAUAACCUUCUUGUCGUUUGCCGAGUAUUUCGUUGUGAUUUGCUGUGGAAUCAGACGGACAGUACGCUACUCGAAUGGUCUUCUCAAUGAAAGCACCGAGAAUCCGAUUGUGGCCGCAAGAGAGGUGAGUGAAUGA